AUGAUCGCAUAUUUGACGCCGGACGUGCUGGUGGAGGACGGCAUUAUACAAGCGAUCGGCACCGACCUGGCCGUCCCCGGAGGAACGCGCGUCAUCGAGGCCGCAGGCAGAUAUGUCAUGCCUGGCGGUAUCGACACGCACACGCACAUGCAGCUGCCGUUCAUGGGCACGUCGGCCGUCGACGACUUCUACUGGGGAACGCGCGCCGCGCUGGCCGGCGGCACCACCAUGAUCCUGGACUUCGUGCUGCCGCAGCGGAACGAGUCGCUCGUCUCUGCCUACGUGCAGUGGCGCCGCUGGGCCGACGACAAGGUCUGCUGCGACUACGGCUUCCACGUCGGCGUCACCUGGUGGUCGGAUAAGGUCAAGGAGGAGAUGGCUCAGCUGGUUGACGAGUGCGGGGUCAACUCUUUCAAAAUGUUCAUGGCCUACAAGGACACCUGGCAAUUACUGGACGAAGAUUUGCUAAAAUCGUUUACCCAGUGUAAAGCCAUCGGAGCCCUCGCACAAGUUCAUGCGGAAAACGGGGACAUCAUCAAAGAGAUGAGCCAGCGGAUGCUGGCGGCCGGUGUGACCGGGCCCGAGGGUCACGAGCUGUGCCGACCGGAGGAGGUCGAGGCUGAGGCCACCAAUCGCGCCUGCGUGCUGGCCAACCAGGUGGGCUGCCCCCUGUACGUGGUGCACGUGAUGUCCAAGUCGGCGGCCGACGUGGUGUCGGCCAAGCGGCGCCAGGGUCACGUGGUGUACGGCGAGCCGAUCGCCGCUGGCCUGGGCACCGACGGCACCCACUACUGGAACCGGUGCUGGCGGCACGCGGCCGCGCACGUCAUGGGCCCGCCGCUGCGACCCGACCCCAGCACACCUGCCUACCUCAUGGACAUGCUGGCCAAUAACGACCUGCAGUGCACCGGCACGGACAACUGCACGUUCACCUCUGAACAGAAGGCUAUGGGCAAGGGCGACUUCACGAAAAUCCCGAACGGCGUGAACGGCGUGGAGGACCGCAUGUCUGUCAUCUGGGAGAAGGGUGUCGCCUCUGGCAAGAUGGACCCGCGCCGCUUUGUGGCCGUCACCAGCACAAACGCGGCCAAAAUAUUCAACGUCUAUCCCCGGAAGGGCGUCAUCGCCGUCGGCUCCGACGCAGACAUCGUCGUCUGGAAUGGCGAGGCCAGCCGGGUCAUCUCGGCGCGCACGCACCACCAGCGCUGCGACUUCAACGUGUUCGAGGCGCGAUGA